GCGCUCCUUACUUUGAAGAUACCGGAUUGUAGCCUUCGUGCUGUCCCUUUUCAACGUAGGCGCACCUUAAAUCCGGUCGGUUCUUUAGACUUGAAAACAUUAUUUUAAAUACAGAAACUGCUUCAGACUCGACCACUGCGUGUAAAACAGAAUUUGAAGAAGUGUCUAAAUAUUCACAUUGCACUUUAAAACUCAUCGUUUUAAUAGAAAAUUUUGAGAUCGGCGACUCUAAAGUCAGUGUCAUACGCUGGGUGUUAGAAAGAGACAAGCGACCAGGUGAAGCGGUCUCGAAGGCUGCGGAGGCGGCCGGUUGACCAUUUUUUGUUGGACCGUUGAUUGUGAAAGAUUACACUUGAGAGUCGAAAUACAUCUUUACAUCACACGUCAGUGGCCACUGAGCUGUCUUCAAAGUAACACGGAUUAGACACACGCAGUUUCAUUUACGUACUACUAUGUCUGCGUGCAACCUGUGAUAGUGAAAUACUGAUAUUGUGAUCCCUUGGACUUUUGCAUGUGCUCGGACUGAUUCGGUGUAGCUGGGAGCGGUUAGUUCUGCAUUCUCAUCUGUAGCAUAAGUCAAUGGCGGUAUCAACGUUGAACAUGACGCCGUACUUUACAGGAUACUCCUUUCAAGGCCAGGGUCGUAUGAACCAGUUGGGUGGGGUGUUUAUUAAUGGACGACCCUUACCAAAUCACAUCAGGUUGAAGAUCGUGGAAAUGGCGGCCGCUGGAGUCCGGCCCUGCGUCAUCUCACGACAGCUGCGGGUCUCUCACGGCUGUGUCUCCAAGAUACUCAACAGAUACCAGGAAACCGGUUCCAUCCGUCCAGGCGUAAUAGGUGGAUCAAAGCCGAGAGUUGCAACGCCCGAAGUAGAGAACAGGAUUGAAGAGCUGAAGAGACAAAACCCAGGUAUAUUUUCCUGGGAAAUUAGAGAUAAACUUAUAAAAGAAGGCAUCUGUGAUAAAAACACCGCACCGUCGGUCAGUUCCAUUUCGAGGCUUAUAAGAGGAGGCAAACGUGACGAAUCAGAUCCUAGAAGAAAUCACAGCAUUGAUGGUAUUCUAGGUCCAUCGUCCUGCGAAGAUUCAGACACGGAAUCGGAACCAGGCAUUACGUUGAAAAGAAAACAAAGAAGAUCGAGAACUACUUUCUCUGGUGACCAACUCGAGGCACUAGAACGUGCCUUUACCAGGACUCAAUAUCCAGAUGUGUACACCAGGGAAGAACUGGCACAGAAAACAAAACUAACCGAAGCGAGGGUUCAGGUAUGGUUUUCGAACCGAAGAGCACGGCUCCGAAAGCAACUGAACUCUCAACAACUUAGUGCAUUCAACACGAUGUCUCUACAAUCCGCUUUUCCCACCGUUCACCAACAAUACGAGCCGCCAACUUCUUUCAAUGCGCAAUGCGCUAGUUGGCAACAAUCUUACUCAUCAGCAUUGGGGUCAAGCUCUGUACUGAACUCUGCAUUGGCCCCUUCUCUACACCAAUCUCCAUUAACAGCACCAUCUGUUUGUCAAUCGGCACUAGCUGCCUCAUCGUUACAUCCUCCUACGUCUAGUUCAUUUUCCGCUGGGAAUUUGACUCCAUUAUCCCAUUCCUCAGAGCUGCCAACUCCAUUACAAGUAUCAGCCGAUGCUACACCUCCAAGUUCGAGUCCCACGACGACAAGUCCAUCCACCAAUCAAACUGGAGGACUAACCUAUCAGCAUCCUACUUAUGCAAACGCGAGUGACUCUGUUCCUCACCCUUACGGUUAUGGAGACUAUUCGAAACAAGAACAUGCUAUGUCAGCGCAUAACCACUGGACUUCAAGACAACUGAGCGGACAUCCACAAAACAAACUUGCAGAAGUCAGUUCGUGGCCUGAAAACUACAGUUCAUUCUUCGGCACGAACGCUUCACAUUAUACGUCGCACGCGCAUUCACCGACGGAGGCCAAAUCUGGCUACCCUUACUUAGGACAACUUGGCGGUAUGGACAUGGGAAGAGUUCAUUAGAUUACGAAAAUAACGUAGACUUAACUCAUAACAAUGAAAAGGCAAUAAAUUCAAAUAACUUUAUAUAAUAAUGUAUGUAUGUACAUACAGAAAUUAACGAACUACCUUAAAAACACACAUAUCUCCCGUGCCUUGCAAUUCAUUUUAGACAUAUUAAUGAACUAAGUGUAUUCAUAUUUUAUAUAGUUCAAUAUGUUAUAUUUGUAUAUAAUUGUAAUGUAAGCGUCCCUCAAAAGACUAAAUAAGUCUCGUUUGUAUUAUGUAGAGCUAUCUGAUUUUAGAGACUAAAUUGAAUAUAUUAAUAAUGUUGUUAGUUCCUGAAUUCUAGUAAUAAUACUAAAUUUGUUAUAAUUUAAUUAAUAAAAUAAGUGCCUAUUGUAUGAAUUGUAAUGUAUGUAAGUAGCCUUUGAUAAGAAAUAAUGAAACAAUUUAUAAUUAAUUUGCCAAUAAAAUUGUAUUGGGUUUCACUUUUUGGAAAUACCCAGACGUGUUAAACAAAACCCAUUGACAUUGUAAAUGUUUAUAUUAUAACAGGUGUCACACGAAAUUUUAUUAACGAAAUGUACAGUGACAAAGUAUUUUUUCUGUAUAGAGAUUCUUUAUGAUAUUCUUAUAUCAAUUCUGCCACGAUGCCUUAUAAAAAAAUGUGAUUUCAGUAAAUGUAUUUAUUUUAUAGGUACUUUAAUACCUAAAUAUAAUAGACUAGAUUGUAAGCACCAUUGUAAUAUAGCUGACUACAUCAACAUUAAAUGAAUCUAAACACUUGAAAAUUUGUUUCUAUUUUCUCGAUCCGUUUUAACUCUAUAUCUUUUAGUUUCCGCUUUUCAUAAAGUGAAAUCCC